CAAACUCUGGACUUUCAUACAUUUUAUGGUUAUUUCAGGUCCACCAGCUGAUUCAAAUAAAAAAAAAAAACAUUAAACAACAGGCUCUGUCAACCAGUUUGGCACUGUUCAAAAUGUGAUUUUAUUAUGCCAGUAUACAGGAUAAAUUUAGACCACCAUCAUUAGCCCUAUUUAAAAGCCACAUUUUCAUCCAUUGGCUUUUAAACAUAGAAAGACAUAAAUCUACUUAAUUGGACACUAUGAGUUGACAGGACUUGAUUUCAUUGUGGAAAAUUAUAACUUUAAUAAUUUAUAAGUAAAGACUCCACUAUGUAUAAUAUCAACAUUUUGUCAGGCUAGUAAGUAUGUGUGACUGCCUUCCAUUUAUUUACUGAAGUCAAAGCUCAGUUAGGGCUCAUUUUGUAGAGAAUAGUUCACUGUCUCUUAUCAGGCUAAACACACAAAGAAUGACAGGAGCUUGAGCAACGUUUUACAACCUGUAUUUUAUGUCAUAGGCUCAUAAAACUGUAGCGUGAAGCAAUAGGCUAUAUAAGGGAGAACGGUUUGAGCAGCCAGUCCUUCAGCAAACAACUUGAGAAAAGCUUUGUCUGCCGAAAAGGCUCAAACUAGCGCAGUAUGGCUCGACUGACACUCCUGGCUGGUCUGACAUUUCUGAUGUGUCUUCAAACUGUUUCUUCCACCAAACUGGUGUGCUACUUUACCAACUGGUCGCAGUACAGACCAGGACUUGGUAAAUAUACCCCUGAAAACGUCGACCCAAACCUCUGCACACACCUGAUCUACGCUUUCUCCGUGAUCAGCCCCUCCAAUGAGCUGUCUACUUUUGAGUGGAACGAUGAGGCUCUGUAUAAAUCCUUCAAUGCCCUGAAAAACAGAAACCCUCAGCUGAAAACUCUGCUAGCUGUUGGUGGGUGGAACUUUGGAACAACACAAUUCUCCCUGAUGGCCUCAUCUCCAGCCAACCGUCAGGUGUUCAUCCAGUCGUCCAUCAGAUUUCUGAGACAGCAUGGCUUUGAUGGACUGGAUGUGGACUGGGAGUACCCUGGAUCACGAGGCAGUGGCCCUGAGGACAAGAGGAGGUUCACAUUGCUCUGCCAGGAAUUUCUUGCUGCCUUUGAGAAGGAGGCCACUGAGACCAGGAGGCCAAGAUUGCUGCUCACAGCUGCAGUGGCGGGUGGAAAGGGGAAUAUUGACAAGGGCUAUGAGAUUGCUAAUGUGUCCAAGUAUCUGGACUUUAUAAAUGUCAUGACCUAUGACCUCAAUGGGGCCUGGGAUCCAUUCACUGGCCACAACAGCCCCCUAUACACCCGCUCUGGCCUUCAAGGCGAACAUGUCUACUACAAUAUUGACUUUGCCAUGAGAUACUGGAGAGACCAAGGAGCUCCUACAGAAAAGCUGCUGGUUGGAUUUCCCGCAUAUGGGCGCACCUUUCACAUUUCAUCAGCAUCUACUGGUGUCGGAGCUCCAGCCAGCGGACCGGCUUCAGCUGGACCCUACACCCGAGAAAGAGGAAUUUUGUCUUACUAUGAGAUUUGCACUUUCCUUGAUGGAGCCAGCACUCAUUGGAUUGAUGAACAAAAGGUGCCCUACGCAUUCAAAGGCAAUGAGUGGGUGGGCUUUGACAACAGGCAGAGCUAUGAAAUCAAGGCGCAAUAUGUGAAAGAUAACAACUAUGGGGGAGCGUUCGUCUGGUCUCUGGACCUGGAUGAUUUUGCAGGACACUUUUGUGGUCAGGGAAACUAUCCCCUUAUUGGGUAUCUCCGCUCUCUUCUGAAUUCAGAUUCCCCACCAAACCCUUCUGUAACCACACAAGGACCUGUUGUCGAAACAAUCACAACUAGAUUGACACAUCCUACAACACCGACCACUGAUAAAGUUACAACAACUGCAACCCCGACCACUGCUAAAGUUACAACAACUGCUGUUUCUGAAAGAGGUUUCUGUGUUGGAAAGCCUGAUGGUAUUUACAAAAAUGACAGCGACAGACACACCUUCUAUCAGUGUGUCAAUGGAAUCACAUAUAUACAGACAUGUCCUGCUAAUCUGAUUUACCUUGAGACUUGCCGAUGUUGUGUCUACCCCUAAUCAUAAUUACAAAAGUAAUGUUAUUAUCUUAUCACUGCUUAAGUACCUCUGAUUGGUUGCAGUCUGUAUUUUAUUGCCUUGUACUUGUAACAUGCGCAAAUUUAAUCUAAUCCAAAUAAAUAUCUCAUUCAUCACA